AUGAAGCUCUCCAAGAUCCUCUCCAUCGUUCUGGCCACCCUCUCCGUGGGUGUCAGUUCCCGUCCCACUACCCUUUCCAACGACGUCCAGCAAGUCCCUGCGGACAUCAGGGACGAACCUUUUAAAGUUCCUGUCGACAUCGAAAAACGCGCGGGCCACGAGGAAACUGAACGCUUCAAGAAUACUCAGAAGUAUUUGGGGAAGCAAAAACUUCAGCUGGGCAAAACCUAUUCCUUCCAGGUCACCUGGACCCAGGGCGCGGCUGGCUCAACGACUAAGACCACGUCGCCGAUCGAGAGAGAAAUGAAGAAAACACAACAGGGGUAUGGGUUUGAUCAUACUGGUAUUGUCGUUGGUGAGGUCGUCAAGGUCCCUGUCGGCCAGAAGUAUGAGCUGGACUUUAAGGGCGACCUUUACCACUUGCGUGCCAAGCUGGAGGGUAGCGGCCAAAAGGCAUGGUACAAAACCUGGGUUGAGUCAAUACCCUGGGAUCCCAAGCCUACUCCAAAGACAGUGACGGCCUUGCACCUCCAAGAGGUCAGCGGAAAGUGGGAGGAAAAGGCUGUUCACGCCAACACGGCCGGUAGAUUUUCCGCAGUCUUUCCCGUUUUGAGAAUGAGGAGUUUGAAAGCUAACAGUUCAUUUCAGCUAGCGAGGUUAGCACGAAAAACGGCAACAGAUGGCAAGGCAAACGGAACGACUGCGCCGAGUAUGUCAAGGCUUUUGAAAAGGCGUUAUAGAUGUACAAUCAGAGUUGAACUGUGGAUUGAACUGCGAAUUGAGUAA